UUGUCCGCAUCGUGCACGCGCGUGGUUCCCCCGGUCGCGAGGAGGAGGAGGAGGAUGUGGCGCGCGGAGGGGAAAUGGCUGCCGAAAACAAGCCGGAAGGACUGAAGAGAAUACGUAACCCGGAUCGAAUGUACCGGUCAGCCGUCAGCUAUGCCGGCCACACUGCUGCUAAGGGUGUCAGCGACGACACGGAAGCCAACAACGAACACGGACAUUUGAAAAUCUACCUGCCCAAAAAGCUGCUUGAAUGUCUGCCCAAAUGUUCCUCCCUGCCCAAGGAGAGGCACCGGUGGAACACCAACGAGGAAAUAGCGGCGUACUUGAUAACGUUCGAGAAGCAUGAGGAAUGGCUAACAACGUCGCCCAAAACACGGUACGGCCAGCCCAUCCCCAGCCCGCACCUGGCGCACCCCAGCCGCUCGCCCAGCUUCUUCCUCCAGGAGGCGCCGCAGCCCCCCCAGGGGGGCCCCGCCCAGAAGGGCCACCUGCUGGAGCAGAGCUCCCACGACUCGGGGGCCUACCUGGGCCUGCAGGUGGUGAAGACGGACUCCCCCGACAGCAACGGGCACCUGCACCUGCACCACCACCACACCCACGGCCACGCCCACGCCCACCAGGGCACCGCCAGCUGCAACGGGGGGUCGCCCACGGAGCGGCCCGGCCCCGGCGGGCCCCUGCAGCUGCUGCAGUACCAGGGCGGCUUCCCCGGGCUGGGCGCCGAGCACGAGGAGGUGGUGAGCAUCGAGCAGGCGGCCGGCGCCCCGGGGGCGGGCCAGCCCGGGGCAGCCGACGGCCGGGCGGACGGACUACUCAAGACCGGGGAUCACCUCCAGGCCUGCGGCGGAGGGGCCGGAGGCGAGGGAGGGGGCGCCGAGCACUACCUGCAGCAGGCGGCCGAUAACGGAGGAGGUGCUGGAGGAGGCGGAGGAGGAGGAGGAGGAGGAGGGGCUAACGGCGGGCCUCUACGCAACGGGAGCGCCAGCAACGGCUCGGCGGGCAGCCCUCACCAGCAGCUGCAGCCCCUCCUCCAGGGGGCGGGGCUCGUGCAGGGGCUCUACAACGCGGUCGGCGCCCACCAGGCGAUGGGCGGGGCCGGAGCGGGCGGGACGGGCAUGGAGAUCAGCCUGGACCACUUCGACAUCUCCUUCGGCAACCAGUUCUCCGACCUCAUCAACGACUUCAUCUCCGUGGACGGGGGCGGCGCCGCGGUGGGGCCCGGGGGGGCCCUGUACGCCCACCAGCUGAUGGCCCAGCCGGGGGCGGAGGGGCAGGCCUCGGCAGCGGGGCCGCCCCAGCAGGGCCCGGAGGACGCGGCGGGGCGGGGCGUGGGGUACAGCCCCACCGAGCUCUGCCUCCAGCCCUGCUGCAGCCCCCAGUCCCUGGGAGGAGGGGGCGGCGGCGGGACGGGGGCGGGGCCGGGGGAGGCCGGCUCGCUGGCCUACAUGCACGUGGCGGAGGUGGUGUCGGCCGCCGUGGCCCACGGGACGCUGGGAAUGAUACAGGCCACCGGGAGGCUCUUCAUGGUCACAGACUACUCCCCCGAAUGGUCCUACCCUGAGGGCGGGGUGAAGGUGCUCAUAACAGGGCCGUGGCAGGAGGCCAGCAGCAACUACAGCUGCCUGUUUGACCAGAUCACUGUCCCCGCCUCCCUAAUCCAGCCUGGGGUACUGCGCUGCUACUGCCCAGCUCAUGACACGGGGCUGGUGACGCUGCAGGUCGCCGUCAGCAACCAGAUCAUCUCCAACUCGGUGGUGUUCGAGUACAAGGCCCGCGCCCUGCCGGCCCUGCCGUCCUCCCAGCACGACUGGCUCUCCCUGGACGAUAACCAGUUCAGAAUGUCCAUCCUGGAGCGCCUGGAGCAGAUGGAACGCAGGAUGGCGGAGAUGGCGGGCCACCACCAGCAGGGCAGCGGGGGAGGAGCCGGCGGCGCCGGAGGGGGAGGGGGCGGGGCCGGAGGAGGAGGGGGCGGAGCCGGAGGAGGAGGAGGAAAUGGGGGCAGCACCCAGUCACAGUUCGCGGCUGGCCAGGGCCAGGCCGGCAGCUCGUUCGAGAGCCGGGUGGUGGUGGUGUGCGAGAAGAUGAUGAACCGGGCCUGCUGGGCCAAGUCCAAGCACCUGAUCCACUCCAAGACCUUCCGCGGCAUGACCCUGCUGCACCUGGCCGCCGCCCAGGGCUACGCCACCCUCAUCCAGACCCUCAUCAAGUGGAGGACGAAGCACGCGGACAGCAUCGACCUGGAGCUGGAGGUGGACCCCCUCAACGUGGACCACUUCUCCUGCACCCCCCUGAUGUGGGCGUGUGCUCUGGGUCACAUGGAGGCGGCGCUGGUCCUGUACAAGUGGGACCGGCGGGCGCUGGCCAUCCCCGACUCGCUGGGGCGCCUCCCCCUGGCCAUCGCGCGCUCCCGCGGGCACACCAAGCUGGCCGAGUGCCUGGAGCAGCUGCAGCGGGAGGACCAGCAGGCGCCCGCCUCGCUGCCCCCCACGCCCCGCAUGUCCUUCUCGCCCGCCCCCGACGCGCCCCCCUCCGACAGCUGGAUGGUCACGUGGAGCAGCGACGGGACGGCCGCCGCUGCCCCGCCCGGCGGGCAGAAGGAGAGCUCCACGGGCGGCGCCGCCGCCGCCUCCGCCACCAACGCCAACCCAGACCUGAGGAGGCCCCGGUCGGAGCCGUCCAGCUACUACAGCAGCGAGUGCCAGCGGGACCUGCCGCUAGCCAAAAAACACAAGCCCAACCCCGAGGCCUUCCAGGCGCGCCCGGACAAGGCCGCGUCCGUGCCCCUGGGCCUGGAGCAGCAGCAGCUCCGCAAGCUGGCGGCCAGCCCCCCCAAGAGCCUGCUGCCCGACAUCCACGGCUCCGACAGGGGCCUGGAGGAGGGGGGCGGCGGGCCCGGGGGGGCGGGCCAGGCCAGGCUGGGGGCGCUGCGCGGGUCGGCGGGCGGGGCCGGAGCCGGCUGGAGCGCCCGGGAGCUGUUUUCGGCGGGGGGCUCGGGCAGGAAGGGGGCGGGCGGCGGCGGCGGCGGCGGGACGGGGAAGGAGAAGCUGGCCAGCCGGCUGCGUCCGCGGGAGACGCUGGGCGUGCUGAUGGUGUCCCAGCGCGAGAUGGCCGACACCGACCUGCUGGCCUACAGGGAGGACCUGGAGAACCAGGACUGCCUGACACACAUGGAUGACCUGCAGGUGAACAUGAUGACGCUGGCGGAGCACAUCAUCGAGGCCACGCCCGAGCGCAUCAAGCGGGAGAACUUUGUCGCCACGGAGACGGCGCCCCUGGACAGCGCAGGGGUCAGCAACACCAUGAGCUGGCUGGCCAGUUACCUGGGAGACGUGGAGCACUUACCGAGCCUCAUACACCUGCGGUCCCUGUACAGCGAGCCCCUGACGCCCUCCUCGAACCCGAGCCUGAGCCCGGCGGGCUCCCCGCUGCACGAGGCCCCCCCGGACAGCAAGCCGGCGGGCCUGCCCUCCCCGGCCGACUGGAGCGACUUCCUCAACGCCUCCAACAGCAAGGUGGAGCGGGAGCUGGCGCAGCUGACACUGUCCGACCCGGAGCAGAGGGAGCUGUACGAGGCCGCCCGCCUGGUGCAGACCGCCUUCCGAAAGUACAAGGGCCGCCCUCUGCGGGAGCAACAGGAAGUAGCGGCGGCGGUCAUCCAGCGCUGCUACAGGAAGUACAAACAGCUUACAUGGAUAGCCUUGAAGUAUGCACUUUAUAAGAAGAUGACGCAGGCCGCCAUCCUUAUCCAGAGUAAAUUCCGCAGCUACCACGAGCAGAAGAAGUUUCAGCAGAGCCGGCGGGCGGCCAUGCUGAUCCAGCAAUACUAUCGCAGCUAUAAGGAGUGCGGCAGGCUGAGGCCCCACCGCCGCGCGGCCGCCGCUGCCCUGGUGCAGCACAAACUCAGAAGCAGUCUGCUGACCAAGAAGCAGGAUCAGGCCGCCCGCAAGAUCAUGAGGUUCCUGCGGCGCUGUCGCCACAGCCCUUUGAUGGACCAUAGACUGUUCAAGCGGAGUGAAAGAAUUGAGAAGGGCCAAGGAACAUGAGAACGUACAGAAGAGCCCCCUCGCCAUGUGACAUCACUCUCCAGACUUUCUUUUUUUCUUUCUUUCUUUUUUCUGUUUAUACCAGACAUUUUACAAGAGGAAAAAAAAAAAAACUAUCCAAUUAGUAAUUCAAGGAACACACUGCGAUUAUUACUACGACAAUACUCCAACUGAUUCUACUCCUGCCAAUGCAACGGCUUUCUUCUUUUAUUCCUCCUUCCUCUAAUGGGGGAAACGCGGGAAGUUCUUCAGAAACUAGACUAUUUGGGGAAAUGGAAGGGGGGAGUAACAUUAUCUUCAUGGCAUUUUUUGCACUUUUCCAUGGAUUUUUAUUUUUAUUUUUUCUGUUUUCGGGAGCAAGAAUAAUGGGAAUUGGGGGGUUGGGGGAUGGAGUGGGGGGGGGUACGACUGGAUCUGGAACGUUCUUUGGAUGAAGAGAGAAGGAUAAAGAUUGAAGAUGAAAGGUUGCAAAUAUGGAAUCAUAAAAUAUUUACCUGCUUUUGAUUAUAUUAGAAUUUUUUUUAAUGACUUAUGUAUUCCAUUUGAAAAAAAAAAGAACCAAAAAUCGUUGCCAUAGCUCAUUAUACCCCAUUUGCACGCAAACUCCCGUAUUCAACCAAACAAACUCAUCGCUAUCAGAAAUCUUAAUUUCCUGUCAAGCUGCCCUUCACCCUGUCAUUCAAUCAAAAGGGGAGGGGCUGUGCAUGAAUGUAAAAGGGUCAUAAGCAGAGCUAGAUGAGUUUUAAAAAUAGAUCUUAUUUUGUUAUGUUGUGGGGAGGGAUUAGGUAGGGGACUGCGGUGAUAUUAUUGCAAGCGGGUCGCCCUUUUUUUAAGCACCGUUGUUUUAAAAUCUUAUAUUUGGUCUUUUGCUUAAUGUCGCUUUUAAUCAGUAGCUUGCCCUGUGAGCCCUUGCGUUAAAGUUAAGGAAAAACUGCAUGUGUUUGGGAAAACGUUGUCUCUUGCGUGCUUAAAUAUUCGGUUGGUGUUCUUUCAUUUUUCACGUUGUUACGUAGUGCUGUCACUCACGUGUCCAUGACCCCCCUAUCUCAUAUUUUGCAUUUAAUUUGUUUUAACGGUGUAACGAGCGUUACUUUGUUCCAUUGAUUUGACGAUGAAUUUGCCUUAUUUCGCGGUUUAGUUUAAGUCCUUUUUUGAAAGGUGUUGUUUUCAAGUUCAUUUUGCGAAAAUUGUGUAUCCUGCCUCUGUUAUGUUGUAAUGCGUGUGGUUCUAAAAGUUAGUCGUUGUUAUGUUUUAAAUGAACUUCAGAAGCUUGAAAGGCCUAUGAAGGGAAGAUCACAUACAUUGCCUUGACUUCUUAGAGACCCUGACGGGACUCUAAGCUAGCUCCUAAACGGGAGGUAGAAAAAAUCCAUAUUUUUGACUAUUGAGCGGUUUCUGUACAUAAAGAGGGUUGAAGGUUCGUGGAGGAGACCACUUAUCCGAAGGGGAUUGUAUUUAAAAAAAUAUAUAUUAUUUUAUUCAGAGAAAAAGGGGAUGAUAACGUGACGAGACAAAAACAGAAAAAUUUGUAUAGUUUUGUUUGAAUGCCCGAGAAGUCUGGUUGUAUUGUUUGUAUAUAAUGUAAAUACUGGGUACAAACAAGGAGCUAUGUGCAUGAACAAUUAAGACAUGAACAAAGAAACAAAAAAAAAUAAUAACUAAAAAGCAUUAGUGGCUAUGGUCUGUAAAAUGAUUCAAACUAUUUCACUAUAAGAGUAUUUUAUUUUAAAUGUUCUUUAAAAGAACAUUUUGCUAAAGCAUGACCUUAUUGCAAAAAAAAAAAAAACAAGUGGAAAAAUAAAUCUUUAGCGUUAGGAAAAAAAAAGUCUAAAUUAUCUUAACAAAGACAAAAAAAGGUUAUGUUUACAUUUUUGUUUUGUUUUGUUUUGUUUUGUUUUGUUUUUGGGCUACCAAGAGUUUAAUCUUUUUUGCCAAUGGUGCCAAGUAAUGUGAAUGCUAUAUUGCUUAACAACAAAAAUUAAGUUAUAAUAUUUGCAGAACAGAUAAUCAUAAGACAAAAUAUACUAGCAUUAAAUACCGUAAAAUCACACCACUACCAAACAAGGAACCCAGAACGAUCUCCACACAGUGCAGAGGGAGAGUUAUUUUUAAAAAUAAAGGACUUGAGCCUCUUGCAUAUUCAUCUCAUCACAGGUAUCUUUAAAAAAAAAAACAGGUAUACAGGUAAACAGGUUUUCCAUGGGAUAACCCCUAUGGAUGUAUUGCAAAUCAGAAACAAACAAACGCAAAAAAAGAAAAUGCAAUCUGGGUGCUUUGUAUUCGUCCGUUAUAAAGAAAGGAGACCGGAAGUAGGCGGGAGACCUGGCGGACUUUGUAAAUGGCAGCCUUGUUUAUUGAAGACUCAGACCGAUAAGAAUAUAUUUUAAGAUCUAUAGUCCAGAGAGGUUGUGCGCAAGUUGUGACCUUGUGCAGGUAUCUAUUGUCCUGUAUUCUAGGAUGAUUGUGCGGAUAAAGAGUUUUCCUGCAGAGGAAGGUGGUGUGAUGAAAUACUGAAGCCCUCAGCUUACGAAAAGGACACUUGCUUGAAAGACAGAAGACCCAAUGAAUGGAGUCUGAUCACAUAGCUUUAUGGCAAGGAGGAGUCUUGACUGACCAAGGCUGCUAUCUAUCCAAGCUAUUCCACAUCAAAAGGCAAAAGCAACACUCAGUAGAAACGAUCGACCCAGGCGUGCUAAACAACAGUAAGAUGUGUUUAAGUAUGUUUAUGAGCUUCUUGGGUAUCAGAGUGGGGAAACCACGUGGGUUGCUGUGAUUGGAGAGAACAGUGGUGGUUCAAAGCUUUCAAAUGGAUUCUCAAGUAAAUAAAGACACGUCAAGCAGGUGUGACGGGAGUGUUGCCCGAACCUUUUGAGGGGGAAGGCCAAAAUGUACUUGAAAGAAGUGGCUUUUGCAUUGUUAGCAGUGACAGCACUGUUUUGAGUGAACGUUUUUUUUUUUCUCCUGAGGAAGCCCGGUGGCAACCGCCUGGUUUUCUCCUGGCCAAUUGGUUUCUGUUCCGUAGAUGGUGUCCGUGCACUGUUGCCUGUCUGUUUCCAGAAGGUUCCGUGCCGAAUUUUUCUGGAUGCGGUUGUUUUGUGUCAGCCGGUUCUGUUUCUGCUGCAGAGACUUGCUAUAUAAACCUCCUGUUCAGCGUUUAUGUAGAAAGUGCCUAACCAUAUCCUGAAACAAAAAAAAAAGCCAAUGUCAGGAGCAUGGAAAAUGUUCAAAAGAGGAAAAAUGCUGAAGACCUGGUCAAUUGCAAACACUAUUUCUUUCAAAAGUUUGGCUGCACUAGGAGAAAAAAAAGUGCUGUCAAUUGUUUUAAAGGAUCGCCAUACAUAAUGCCAGGAACAAGAAAGAAAAAAAAAAGUCAGUUUCUAAACCCCAUUCAAACAAUCCUUUCGAGGUUUUACCUAGGCUGCUAACAGUUGUCUUGACAGUUAUUAUCAGUAUAACGCCCUAAAUGACACAUUAUGCUACAGAUUCUAGGAUGUCACACGUUUGCCAAUAUACCAGAGGCCUCGUUUUCCUAUUGGAAACUGCCUGCUCGAACCAUGUGGAUUACAAGGACUGCCUAAUUAUUCCAGUGAUUAUUGUCUUGCAUUCAUCAAACUGGUUGAGGAUGUCAGCCAUUGCACUGGUGUGGGGAUGGAGAUGGUCUUAUAUGCUUGCAUGGGUAACAUAGAUAACUGGGUGUCUGAACAGUGCCCAAAGCAUGCCUAUUUUUCUAGUACUGGUAGUCAGAUAGACUUGUAAAAGACUUAUUGUUCUGUGCAGCAGAAAACGUCGGUUUAAUGUUUUGCAGAACCCGAGAGAGUACAGAGAGCCUCUUAACGCAAGGCGAACAAAGAACGUAAUCAAAAAAAAAAAAAGAAAAAAAAAGAAUGAUAUAGCUAUUGUCAGUAUUCUUUGACCACGUUUCUGGGGGCAGCAUGAAUCUUUUAUUCAUAGAUUUAUUCAUUUUUCAUUCAUUUUGGUCCAUAUGGUGUUCUUCCAACUUCCAACGCAGCAAAUCUGAUCCGAUGUGUUUCCGGAAUUUCAACGGCAAGCAUCGCACCACACUGCACACCACUCACACCUGUACAGCGACAGCUCUCAGUCUCUCUACGUGCAGAUUCGACGAGGAGAAAAAUUCACGCGUGGUUCAUAGAGCUUAGGGAACAGUUCACCUCCCUUUUGUAUUUUUACUCAGGGUGCCAAAAAACGGAGGGGGGGGGGGGGGAGUGGGGGCGGGAUUUGUGGAGCUCAAACUCGCACUGAGGUGGGAUUGCUAAAGAAAUCCCAGGGCAGAGCUUAGCAUUCUAGGGCCUCUCAAACGCAGUGUUCCCCAGCUGGACAGUGAACAGGAGUGUCUUUGUCUGUAAAUUGCAGAGCUAGUUCAUAUUGUGAGCUGGAUGAAAAACAAGGUUAACCGUGUUUUUACCACACAAAUUCCAACACACUUAAUGCUCCUCAAUGUUCAGCUUUCCCUCAUAUGGGAAAGUUGGAUUGUUGUUGAAAGCCAGGUUUGCAAUUUUACAGACACCAUGUUGAAAGAGAGAGGGAAGUCUUUUGGUGCUUGGACAGAUGGAGCCAUUGUUUCUCUAUCAUUUAACGAUAAAUUGAUCUCACGUGAAGUUGGCGGAUUCUUGGCGCGGCGGUACGCAAGCUAGCUAACAUGCACGUCAUCUUGGGUCUUUCUCAUCACUCUUUGUUCCUUGUGUAACGCCAUGUUGGUUUUCUCCACAGUGCAGCGCGUACUCUGCUGAUUAGUCCAGGAGCCUCACGUGACCCAUCUAGGCUAAUAACCAAUGAGUGCGCUUUGUAAGGUAAAAUGAAAACCAACGUGUCCAAUCAGAAAGACCUGCCUUCCCUCCUCUUCCUGUGUUGCACCCUAACACAAAAACAGCUGGCAGGUCAGGAUAGCAGGGCAUAAGGCUUUCCACUUAUUGACACAGAGCAAUAAACAUUUUAUUUUUCCUUUUUUUAAGUGGAGAUCUUUAGAUCUAAUGCAGACAAAUAUACAAUUUGAAACAGGUAGUUGACUUCCUCUUAUGCAAAUGCCAGAAUGCAAGACGAGCGUUCAGUUGUUUAUGGACAGUGAUAACAUGACACCCCUGACCUAACUGCACGUUUUCAUCAUAAUCCAAAUGAAGAAAAAGAAAGAAAAAAAAAAAACAGGCCCUGCUUUUUUUUUUUAAACAGGUAGUGGGCCCCCACACUUUGCAUGAGAAACUAGUGAUAGACCUCUCCUUUUCCUCUCCUCUCUCUCUUCCUGUCUUUCUCUCUGUCUUUCCCCACUGUCUCCUUCCUUAUUCUCACUCCUAUGAGUUUCCUCAUUUUCUGUUUUCCCAGUCUGUCUUGCUCUCUCUCUCUCUCUCUCUCUCUCUCUCUCUUUCGCCCUCUUUUGUAAGUUUUAUUUUUUCUAAUAGUGCAUGUAAAAGCGUCUGAAUCGUUGGAGAUGUUUAAAAAAAAAAUUAAAAAAAGAUUAUUCAGCUGCUGAAGCCAUGCAAAACGUUUUGAAUUGCCCUUAAAAUAUGGAAAAUGUUUUCUGAAUGCUUUAUAUUCUUUCUGCUGUAAAAUAAUAAUAAAAACAGAAAAAAUCA